AUGAACCGUUCAUUCGGUAAUAAUUUAUAUUCAUCAACAAAUUCACGAAUGUCAGCACCAGUAACCGAUUGGGAAGAUUUACGUAAACAAGCACGUCAACUUGAAAAUGAAAUUGAUACAAAAUUAAUGUCAUUUUCAAAAUUAUGUUCAAAUUAUGUUGCACGUGAUCAUUUAACAAAUCAUCAUAAUAUUGAUUCUCCAACAACAUCAACAUCAUCAUCAUUUGAAACAAUGUCUAUUGAAAUUGAAAAACUUCUUGAACGUUUAUCUGAUAUAAAUAAAUGUAUGACUGAUGCUAUACCAACAUUACUUGGACCAAAUACAGCUGCAACACAUACAUUACAACGUCAUCAUGAAAUAUGUCAAGAUUAUCGACGUGAAUUUGAACGUACAAAAGCUAAUAUAAGAAAUUUUCAAACUCGUGAAGAUUUAUUAAUAAAUAAUAAUAAUACAGAUUUGAAUUCUCAAGGUUUAAGUAGUCGUCGACAAGAUUAUUAUUUACGUGAAAUGACACAUUUAAAUAAUUCAAAUAAAUUAAUGGAUAGAAAUUUAGAAAUGGCAUCAUUAUUAAAAAAAGAUUUAUCUGAUCAACGAAAAUAUUUUAUGAAUAUAACACAUAAAAUAAAAACUAUAACAAAUCGUUUUCCAUUAAUGAAUAAUAUAUUACAUAAAAUUAAAAUUAAAAAACGUAAAGAUUCACUUGUAAUCGGUUUUGUCAUUGCACUAUGUCUUAUUCUUAUUCUUCUUUAUUUAUUUCGAUAG